UUUAAGUUGUUUUUUAUGUUUUGUUCUCUGUUCUCGUACUUCUUUUUUAUUAUGUGGUUGGUGCUGAUAUGAGGUGUAGGGUGUAGUUUCUUGUUCAUGAAAAUCGUGACUAAAAAAAUUCAUUAUCAUAGAUAUUUGUUUGUAAAUCAUAAAAUAUUCAGUACGAAGUAGCUUUGAAAUACAUUUUUGCGAAGCAUCCCGAAAAAAAUGGAACACAAUUAUCAAAAAAAAUCUUCAGACCCACAAUAUAUUAAAAAAAUGCAGGAUAUGUCCUUAAGCGACCAUGAGACAAGAUACACACGUGACAUGAACAUGGGAAAAGCUGAACCUGCAGUUCCUACCUAUCAUCAAAAACAGAGAUCCAUUGGAAUCACAGAUAAUUUCAAUAAAGAUCCCCCAAAGUCAAAUGACUAUAGGAUGUAUGAAAGAUCUAAUGUAAUUGCUAGCUCUAAAUAUGCGACGCCAAAACAUGUAGAAACAUUAGGAAGCCCAAGACUUUAUGAAGAAAGUGAUGUUUAUGUUCAAUGCGCUAAACCGCAAGUUCCAAUGAGUCCUACACACUCCAUUGGAGGAUCGUCCCAUGCUGGCAGCCCUAGGACAAGUAUAGCUAGCAACUCAAAUGUUUAUGAGAAUAUUGAUUAUAACUCGGAUAAAGCUGCUCAGGCUCCUUAUUAUGGGGGGAUGAGUAAUGUUGAAUCAAAGACUUAUACAAAAGCACAGCCACAGGUGCCUUUUGGCAGAAACAUAUCUGAUAUGGAAGGUCCACCAGUGUAUGAAAAUGUACAGAAUUUUCCGCAUAAAAGCUCAGGUGCUAUGCCUGGACCUCAGGUACCUCCAAAUGCACCUCCGCCAUAUAGUAAUUGUUUGCCAAGUUCUCAGUACUCUGAUCAGCCUGUUUAUUCUUCUAUGCAAGCUUCCAGUAGUUCAAAUGCCCAACCUCAGUCACCUUACCGUAAUUACAGCAGUUCACCUCUGAAAAGUAUGACUCAGCAACAGCUUGAUGAACUGAACAGCGGUGAUUAUGUUUGUAUGACUGGCAACAUUAUUCAAUCUAAAUUGGGUUCUAAUAUUCCUUUUCAAACCACUUCUGCCAAGAACUAUGAUAGAUCCAUUCCCACUGGAAUUGCUCAAACGCCUGUGAAGGUUUCACCUCUCAAGGAAGUGAAGAAACCUCCAGUACCGCAAAAAGUUGAUGUUCGGCCUUCCCCAGUACCCAGUCCUACACCUAGCACUUUAAGUAACAGUAGUGGGAAGUUAAAAUUAUCAGGAAAAAGUUUGUUGCCAUACAGCAUAACACCUCCCAAACCGACAGGUCCUACUGAAGCUGAAAAAAAAAUUGAAGAAAUGACCAGGCAGAUAGAGGAAGAAAUGGAGAAGCACGAAGAAGAGGGGGAAUAUUUUGGAAUAUGCCAUACAUGCGGUGACAAAGUCACAGGUGCAGGACAGGCUUGCCAAGCCAUGGGGAACUUGUACCAUACCAAUUGUUUUAUAUGUUGCUCCUGCGGAAGGGCUCUAAGAGGAAAGGCCUUUUACAAUGUUCACGGCAGGGUCUACUGUGAAGAAGAUUACUUAGUAAGCCCUAGCCCAAAUUAUUCAGGUUUCCAGCAAACUGCUGAGAAAUGUGCUAUUUGUGGACACCUCAUCAUGGAAAUGAUACUCCAGGCAAUGGGAAAAUCUUAUCAUCCAGGUUGCUUUAGAUGUUGUAUUUGUAACGAUUGUUUAGAUGGAGUCCCUUUCACAGUAGAUGUCGAUAAUAAAAUUUAUUGCGUUAAUGACUACCACAGGAUGUUUGCCCCCAAAUGUGCAGCUUGUGGCAAAGGCAUAACCCCUGUUGAAGGUACCGAGGAAACUGUCCGAGUAGUAUCAAUGGAUAAAGAUUUCCACGUGGACUGUUAUGUUUGUGAAGAAUGUGGAAUGCAACUGACAGAUGAACCAGAUAAGCGUUGUUACCCAUUGGAGGAGAGGCUGAUGUGCCGCAAUUGCCAUAUACAGACAUUGAAACAUAUGCCCAACCAGAUGCAUCCUGUGGCAGCCUCUUUUCAAUACACGGGAUAAGUUGCCAGAAUGUUCACUUUCUACACAUUCCUUCACAUCAUUUCCACCGCAAUAGGUGCUCUUUUUGUUGUGCUUUGAAAGACUGCUAGGUAUGGUUGUAACGUUCGGUACAGUUUGAACCGCGUGGAGUGCCCGUCGACUCUCUAGUAUAGUUUUUGAUAUUCUACAUUGAAAAUUACCUCAGAUAUUAUUUGAUACAAAUACCAGAGCUGAGACCCUCAACUGAAAAUUAUUGAAAUAAAUUAGGUCAUGUUCAAUUCGCCCUUGUAAUGUAAAUUUGGAAUAUGAGAAAACUUUACUGUGUAUUUUCAAGUUUUUUUUAAUCAUGCCAAAAGUGUUUUGAAGUUUUUAUAAUCAAUGCUAGUCUAGGUGUUGGUGACAACGAAUAAUUUAGAAGCAUUUUUUAGUGAAAUAACUUUUUUUCAUACUCUACGUAAAAGAUCAGCUCUGGUAUCAUUUUGUGCUUAAAUUGAAUUUUUAUAAAACGUCAUAUAUUUUUUUGUAUACAAUUAUAUAUUUUAACUUUAGUUCAUUGCCAUUUUUGAAAGUUGGUAAUAAAGAUACUACUUAUAUUGAA